AAGUGAACAAUUUAUUUUCCUCAUUGGUGAAAAUAUGAAUCAAUAUGUUACUCUAUUGAUUUUGUAUUGUUAACAAUUAAAUUUAAUUCACUUGUAAGUUAAUUAUUUACACUAAUUUUUCUCUGCUUUCGUUAUAAUUUAUAUAUAUUUGCGAGUGUGUAUUUCAAAUAGUGUUUUUAUCAAUACAAUUAAUUCAGUUCGUUUCAAAUUGAUUAAAAUUUCUCGUUUCCACAAAGUAAAAUGAAGUUCAUUUUGUUUCUAGUGAUUAUUUCAACUUACAAUCAAUUAAUUGUAUCUUUAAAUGUUAAUGAUUCAACAAUCAACUCAACGUUACCAUUAAUAAAAUCAACAACAACAACAACAAUCAAACCAUUAAGUGAAUCAACAAUACCAUUGACACCGACAAUUAAACCGUUAAUUACAACUGAACAACCAAUUGAUUCAACAACAAUUAAUAAUACUGAUGAUUAUAGUGAUUAUUAUGAUAAUGAAAAUGAUGAAAAUGUAACUUUAUCAACUGGUCAGUUAGAUGAUGAUAAUAAUUCAACUAAUCAAUCAGAAUCAGAUAAUGAAACACUUGAUGGUCAAGCACAAUCUCAGCGUCCAUUUAUAAGUGGACAAGGUGGUAAUCAACUUCAAACACCAAUACAAAAUUAUGGUUUACCAUUUGCUAAUUUAAUUCCUGGUUUACAAAAUGCUUUAACUAAUGGUAACAAUCAACGAGGACAAUUACCUGGACCAUUGGAUUUAUUAACUCGAUUCAUACCAAGAGCCAACAACAUAAAUAACAGAGGACCUUUGACUAAUUCAUUUACUCAACCGGGUACCGGUAUUAAUCAAGGUUAUCCUAAUUAUAAUGGCCUAGGUAAUCAAAAUUUAAGGCCCGGUGGGUUGAAUGGUAGGCUACCUUUGGGUAAUUCUGGUAAUUUCAAUGGAUUGGGUUCAGCGGGUCCUCGAUUGAAUAAUAAUAACCAACGAGGUCUGAGUAAUGGUGGUGAUGGAAUCAGAAAUUCUGGUGAGUCUAAAGAGGACGAUGACCAAGAGAGAAAUAGACCAGAACCAGAGGAAGAUGAAGGAGAGGAUGGAAGUCAAGAACAGGAUGGAGUGAAUAAUGAAGAUGGUGGACAAAGAGGAGAAGGUGAAAGUGGAGAGAUGGGUAAUGUCGGUUCUGGUGUUGAUAGAACUGAUCAAAAUGAAGCUGGUCCACAAGAUGGAUCAAGUGAAGAGGGUCAACAGAAUAAUGGACGAGGAGGAGGAGGAGAGGAAACUGAUGGUGGAAGUGGGGAAGAUGGAGCUGGGGAAAGUGGAGAAAAUGAUGAAGGUAAUGAAAGUGAGGCUGGUGACGAGAAUGAAGGAGGUGGAGAGGAAAAUGGAGGAGACAUGGGCGAAAACAGCGGCGGUGACCCUUCUAACGAUCCUGAUUUGGCCCAAUUUGAACGAUUAGGUCAAGGAAAUACUUUCCCUGGUGACUUGUUUCCACCGGGACUUUUGAGCCAACAAGAUUUAGCGGAUAUUCAGAAAUCAAUGGAUGAACAGGCAAAGAAAGACGCUGAAAGACAACGACAGGGUGAUGAACAGGGCGAUUCAUCAAACUCUUCACCUGAAUACGAUGAAAGUACAGCGGCAGCAACAGACGAACCCACUUCGUAUAUUCAGCCAACUCAUAAUAAUCAGCGUGGUGCUUAUCGUAGUCCCGAACCAAAUGUCCAAAAUCAACGUAAAUAUAAUAGCCAAUUAAAUCAACCUAAUGGACAACAAUCAAAUUUAAAUUCGAAUAAUUAUCUUGGUGAUUACGGACAAAUUUCUAAUCAACGUCGUGGUGCUUAUCCUUCAUCAAGAAAAUCCAACAAUCAAGGGGAACAAUUUAAUCAUCCUGACAGUUAUUUCGCUGAUUCAAAUCUACACACUGACAUCGAAUCAAAUGUUUACUAUUCACCAGAUUUGGUUGAUAAUGAUAAUCACAAACCACAAUCAACAACACGAUUAACCAAUGUACCUCAUCAAUCAACAAUUAAUAACAACUUUCCAACAUCUACCAUUGAUUAUGAUGAAACACAUUCAUCUAAUCCAGAUACAACAAAGGAAUUAACUAAAUUAACUUCAUCAUCAGCCAAUGGUGCUAAUCAUCAUCAUCAUCAUCAAGUUAAUUAUGGUGAAUCAAUGGCUGAUUAUGUUGACGAUAAAUUAAUGGCCAAUACUCCUGAAAAAAAUGAACAAAUCACAAUUAAAAGUAAAUCAAAAGAUCCUUUUCUCAGAGAAAAAAUUACAAACAAUUAACCAAACAAUUAAAUAAAUUUUUCACCAUUUAUCACAACUGAAAAUUGCCAAUAAUCAAUGGAACCUCUGUAAACUAUUAAUAAAAAUAUCAACAACAAGAAGAAAUGAAAAAAAAAAUUAACAACAAUUAAAACCCAAUCAAUGCCAAUGAAUAAAAAUCAAUAUUUGUUUUUUGUUCAAAAUUAA